AUGCUGCUCCACCACUGCUCCUGCACCUACGACACCCCCGUUUCCUUCAGCCCCUUUGCUUUUUCUCAGAACAUCUCUUGCUCCCACUGUGGCGUAGUGUCCACGGGUAUCAACGUCCAGGCCAAAGCACAAGAAGACGCAAACAUGCAGCAGGACGAGCUGGCUAGGCUGUUCUCAGCCAAUAUGAGUCUGUCGCCGACCCAUGUACCAUCAGUCCAGCCCGUCCAACAGCCAGAGCCAGAGCCCGCCCCAAACCACAUCGUCUAUGCUUCACAGCAUUACACCCACUCGUACCAUGUUCCUCUCCGCAGUGCUUCGGAGCCGAGCCUAAAGACGCAGAUGGACGCGUCGGAAAUGGAAGCCGUGCUUCUGAGGAACAGCAUAGACCCGUCUCUGCUCUUCCCUUCCCAGAUCGAUUUGUUCCGCAACGCAGAUGAUGACCAGCGCCUGCGCCUACUAGAACUAUGGCGUAUUUCGCCUCCUGCCGGGCGGCAGGGACACCCAGCAGGUGUCGACUACAACAUGUCGAGGCAGCUCUACGACUGGCCCCCUACCAGCCUGGCACAGGAAGAAGCAAUGGCGAAGCUGAGAUUUGAGCGGCACCAGGCUGAUGCCGCACAGAAGCAGCAAGAGUUAGAGCAGGUCAUGGCUGCCGAGCCGUACAUGGCUUCGGGCUAUGAGAUGAUGGCCAGGCGUGAGUACGAAGAGUCGGCACGGGCCGAGAAGGCUCUCCAAGAGUCGAGCAGAUACAACCCUGCCACAGAUCCAGUCUACAAGACUGGCAACGGCCUUUGGGAGAAGAAUGUCGGAAGUGUGGCUGACAUGGAGAACAACUAUGGUGCAUUUGCCUACGCGCGAGAGUAUGGCUUCCAAGCAGGCUUCGGAGACGAAGAAAUGGUCAUGUGAGGUACAGCCUUAUUGGUGGCAGUCUUAGUCUCAUGAUAUGUGAGUGGACGUGGGAGAGAGGAAGUGACGCUGCUGUACAGGGGGGAUGUAUGCAUGCAUAGAUAUAGUUUCCACGUUAUACCCUGAUUUAGUUAGUUGAACACCCCCACACACCUGUAGCAUGCAAGGGCGGAGAGUGUUCAGGAUG